CUUUCUGACUUUCCUAAUUGAAUUGUUCAAGAAACAACAAACAACAAAGGAAACUGUGUUUUUUUCUUUUUGUUUGUGUUGACAGCUUCGAUUUGAUCGGUAUUUGACUCGUUAACUUCUAUGUUCUGUUAUCGUUUCGUUUGCUAAUCACUUGAAAUACUUGAUUUAUAGCUUGCUCUGCAGCCUUUGAUUUCAAUUUUACUCACAAUUCACUUGAAUUUGUUGUUGCUUUGAUUUUGCAAGCUGAUUUGAGCUUUUUUCAUUUCAAUUUCUUGACAAGUUUAGAGUAAAAUUUAGACUAGGUUUGACUUGAAUUUAGAGGUUUUUUUUUUUUAAUUUGUUCAUCAAAGAUCAGAUCUCCUUUGUUCUUCAAGCAUAAGUAACUAGAUUUAGAUGAGGAUCGAUUAAGUGUAUUUGUGGUUUGUAGAAUUAUAUGGGGAAUACUUGUGUUGGACCAAGUUUUUCAAGGAAUGCUUUCAUUCAAUCGAUUUCAACCGCGGUUUGGCGGACCCGAUUCCAGGGUGAUGAUGGUUCUACUCCUACUGGAGAAAGUGUCCCUGUGACACCAUCUUCAAUCAAUGAACCCGAAUCGUCUAUGCCGGUCCAGAGAAAACCCCCUCAACAAGUCACAAUUCCAAAAACUGAACCAACAAAACAAGAGCCACAAGGAAAAUCCAAGAAAACCCCACACAUGAGGAGGGUUUCUAGUGCAGGGCUUAGGACUGAAUCGGUUUUACAGACAAAUACUGGUAAUUUGAAGGAGUUCUAUUCUUUGGGGAAGAAACUAGGGCAGGGUCAAUUUGGGAUGACAUUUCUUUGUGUGGAGAAAGCUACCCGGAAAGAAUACGCGUGUAAAUCGAUUGCUAAGAGGAAGUUGUUGACUGAAGAUGAUGUGGAGGAUGUGAGGAGGGAAGUUCAGAUAAUGCACCAUUUGGCUGGGCAUCCAAAUGUUAUAUCAAUCAAAGGUGCUUAUGAGGAUGCUGUGGCUGUUCAUGUUGUUAUGGAGUUGUGUGUCGGGGGUGAGCUUUUCGAUAGGAUUACUCAACGUGGGCAUUAUACGGAGAGAAAGGCUGCUGAGCUUACUAGGACUAUAGUUGGAGUUGUGGAAGCUUGUCAUUCCCUUGGGGUUAUGCACCGUGACCUUAAGCCCGAGAAUUUUCUUUUUGUUGAUCAGAAGGAGGAUUCGCUUCUCAAGACAAUCGACUUUGGAUUGUCAGUAUUUUUCAAGCCAGCUGAACAAUUUAAUGAUCUGGUUGGCAGCCCAUACUAUGUUGCUCCAGAAGUGUUGCGAAAGCGCUAUGGUCCUGAAGCAGAUGUCUGGAGUGCUGGUGUAAUUGUUUACAUUCUAUUAAGUGGAGUACCUCCUUUCUGGGCUGAAACCGAGAAAGGAAUAUUUGAAGAGGUCCUCCAUGGUGAGCUUGACUUCUCAUUAGAUCCUUGGCCAAAUAUUUCAGAAAGUGCAAAAGAUUUAGUGAAGCGAAUGCUCGUUCGAGACCCCAGAAGGCGACUAACUGCACAUGAAGUUUUAUGCCACCCAUGGGUUCAAGUUGAUGGUGUGGCUCCGGACAAACCUCUGGAUUCAGCAGUUCUAAGUCGCAUGAAACAAUUUUCUGCCAUGAAUAAGCUAAAGAAAAUGGCCCUCAGAAUUAUUGCAGAGCACCUAUCUGAAGAAGAAAUUGCUGGCCUGAAAGAAAUGUUCAAGAUGAUAGACACUGACAAUAGUGGUCAAAUCACUUUUGAAGAACUUAAGGCUGGACUGAAAAGAGUUGGCGCUAAUCUUAAGGAGUCUGAAAUUUAUGAUCUAAUGCAAGCAGCAGAUGUUGAUAACAGUGGAACAAUUGAUUACGGGGAGUUCAUAGCUGCUACAUUGCAUCUAAACAAGGUUGAGAGAGAAGAUUAUCUGUUUAUGGCGUUCUCCUACUUUGAUAAGGAUGGAAGUGGUUAUAUCACCCCAGAUGAGCUCCAACAAGCCUGUGAGGAGUUUGGCAUAGAGGACGUCACCUUGGAAGAUAUGAUCCGAGAAGUUGACCAAGACAACGACGGGCGCAUAGAUUACAAUGAGUUUGUGGCCAUGAUGCAUACAGGAAAUGCGAGUGGUGGUGGUGGAAAGAAGGGUCUAGAGAACAAUUUCAGCAUUGGGUUUAGAGGGGCAUUAUGACUAUAGCAGCAUAUAUAGGCUUUGAAUUGAAACAAACUUUUGGCAAGGUGAUGGAUGGACAUUGCCAAAAGUUGCUCUCUCUUCGUCUCUCUCGUGAUGCAGUUCCAUGCAAGUUGCAGAUAAGAUGAGCAGUCGAGUUUUUUUCAUGUUACUAUCUCCUCUCUCCCCUUUCCAAGCCGCCGCUAGCUCUCUCUCUCUGUGCGCGUAGAGGUGGCAGCACCACCAAUUGUUGCUGCAAUAUAGGCUUGUGCCAAGAAAAUUCACAAAAUAUCAAAACACGACCUUUUUAUCUAUGAAAAUAAUUUACAAACAAAAUUUCCUUCC